GAGGUAUUUCAAUUGGACACUCUGGCGGUGGGUCCUACUCAAGCGGUGGGUCUUCCGAAUACUCUGCCCCAGCACCAGCUCCAGUAUACUCUGCCCCAGCUCCUGCUCCGGUUUACUCGGCACCAGCUCCCGCUCCAGUCUACUCAGCCCCAUCACAUUCAUCAGGUGGUGAUGGUGGUUACUCUUACUCAAUCGGUGGUUCACCCGGAGUCUCAGGCGGUAUUUCAGUUGGCCACUCAAGCGGUGGCUCUUCUGGGCUCUCUUUUCCGAGCUACUCAUCAGGUGGCUCCUUGUCUUACUCGUCGGGUGGUGCAUCGUACUCUGGUGGCGAUAAAGUCUUCCUUGCCAUCACUCUCGCCUUGGUUGCCUUCGCUUCGGCUGAUGUCAGUCAUUUGUCGAGUUCAUACCUGCCGCCCAGCUCAGGCAUUUCAUACUCAUCGGGCGGCUCCCACGGUGGCUCAUACUCCUCAGGAGGUUCUCUUGGCAGUGCAUACUCUUCAGGCGACUCUCUUGGUAGCUCAUACUCUUCGGGUGGUUCUCUUGGCAGUGCAUACUCUUUAGAUGGCUCCCUCGGUACCUCAUACUCAUCGGAUGGUGCCCUCGGUGGUUCAUACUCUGCAGGCGGUUCUCUGGGCGGCUCAUACUCAUCCGGAGGUGCUGCUGGCGGUGGGGGAUCGUCCUACUCUGAGCCAUCCAACGUAUACUUGCCUCCUGCCUCAUCUCCAGUGUACUCUGCUCCAGCCCCAGCUCCUGUUUACUCUGCCCCAGCUCCAGCUCCUGUUUACUCUGCACCAGCUCCAGCCCCAGCUCCUGUUUACUCUGCCCCAGCUCCAGCUCCUGUUUACUCUGCACCAGCUCCAGCCCCAGUAUACUCUGCACCUGCAGUUUCUUCAGGCGGAAGUGAUGGUGGUUACUCUUACUCUAGCGGUGGUUCAUCUGGAGUCUCUGGCGGUAUUUCGGUCGGCCACUCUGGCGGUGGGUCGUACUCCAGCGGUGGUUCUACCGAAUACUCUGCCCCAGCUCCUGCUCCAGUUUACUCGGCACCAGCUCCCGCUUCAUUCUACUCAGCUCCAUCACAUUCAUCAGAUGGUGAUGGCGGUUACUCUUUCUCUACCCAUGGUUCAUCUGGUAUCUCAGGUGGUAUUUCAGUCGGCCACUCUGGCGGUGGAUCCUACUCAAGCGGUGGUUCUUCCGAAUACUCUGCCCCAGCUGCUGCUCCAGUUUACUCAUCAGGUGGCUCCUUGUCUUACUCGUCGGAUGGUUCAUCGUACUCUGGUGGCGAAGUUGGCACUCAGUAUGCCGCCGGCGGUGGUUACGUCUACAAAAAGCAGUAA